AAUAUGACAGCAGGGUCGUCAUCUUUGAAAAAGAAAUCGAUCCGGCCUCACCGCAAAUCACGCACCGGCUGCAGCUUCUGCAAACGUCGCAAAGUCAAGUGCAACGAGGGGAAACCGUGCAGCAACUGCCGAAGCUUUGGUCUGCCCUGCGAUCUCGUCUCGGAUGCCGGGCGCGUCGAGUAUGGCACCGUCUCAGCACCACGACGUGGCCCAGGCCGGCCUCGGAAAGUCUGGACAGACACUCCAAACACACCACCACCAAUUUCGGGGGUCACAUCACCACAACGCAGGCCUCUAGCCGUGAACGUUGACUCAGCACAAGUCAACCUUGGGAACGCCGAGCUACUCCUCCACUUCAUCACAACCACAACCGAGACCUUUGCGGCGGGCCCAGACGACCCCGAUAUACUUCAAUUCUGGAAACGCAACGUGCCGCACAUAGGGCUGAGCCACGCCUUUGUCCUGCACCUGAUCCUCGCCACAGCGGCAUUCCACCUGGCCUAUCUGGCCAAAGAGGGCGACCAGGCGGCGACGAGCGACCCGCAAGCACCAUUGCCCCUCCGUCGGAGCCGAAGCGACUAUGUGGACCUCGCCCACCAGCACUUCACAGUUGGCUUGUCGGGCUUCUCGUCGCAGCUGUCGCAAGCAGGACCCGAGAACUGCGGCGCCUUGUACUUGGCCGCAGUCCUGACGAGUUAUUGCACGUUUGCCGCCGGUCCCACGAGCUGCCAUGACGUGCUCGUAUGCACCGUCCAUGAGCGGGGGAGACAAGAUACUACCCAGGACCCGUUUUCGAUUCCCCCCUUGUCCAUGCCUUUCAUCCAAGGAGUCAGGUUGAUGCGCCAGUGCUUUUCCCCGGAUGUGUUGUUUGCUGGGCUCAUGAAGCCCCUCGGGCCGGUUUCAGCGCCGCCGGGACUCCUAGAACAACCCGUGUAUGCGGGGGUCGGCUUCCCGCGACUAGACUGGGAGGACGCGCUGGACCGGCUGAGGGCCUUCAUCGCGAGUGCUCGCCCCAACAAGAACAACCAGGAAGAUGCAGCUGCUGCCUCCCUCCGAGCGCUCGACUGCCUUAUCGACAUCUACGAGGCCACGUACGGGCGACGCAGCGGUCUGGGCGACACGAUAACAUACCGCGGCUCGCAUGUGAACCAAUUCGUCUUUGGCUGGCUGUACCGCGUCGAGCCCGGUUUCGUGGCCUGCGUCAGAAAGGGCGAGUCACUCGCGCUGUUGGUUCUGGCGCACUACGCUGUGCUCCUGAACAUGGACGCGGUUCAAAAGGGAUGGUAUAUCGAGGGCUGGAAAGACCACAUCAUUGCGGUGGUUGAUGGCCUUGUUGGGGAUGGCGAGUUCAAGGAGUUUUUGAUGUGGCCGAUGGAAACACACUUCGCCGAACGGGGGAACCGGGAGCGCGGGGAGCUCUCAGGGUUGGAUUCGGUGGUUAAAACCGGAAGUUCAUAA